AUGGAACAUGCUUGUGGAGAAGGUCGUGGAUCCUAUAUAUGGGGAAGAUCCAUUCACAACGUCCAGAUAGAGCAUCUAUGGGUAGAUGUCAGUUACUAUGUUAGCCAAACCUGGCAUGACUUAUUCACGCACCUGGAGCUGCACCAUGGUCUCAACAUCUCAAAUACAAAUCACAUAUGGCUUCUUCAACAUCUCUUCCUCUCAACAAUCAAUGAACAGUUAACUUUUUGGGCUGAAGGAUGGAAUAAUCAUCAGAUCUCACAGCGCAAUGGUCCAUCUCGAUCACCAGAGGAUAUGUUUGGGUUUGAUAUGAUUGUUAAUGGCUUACGAGGAGGUUCAUUGGAUGAGGUUUCCAUGACCAACGAGGAACUUGAGGUCUUUGGUUUGGACUGGGAUGGGUUGAGAGACAAAGUACUAUUGCGGUCUCUCAGGCAGAACUACAAUAACGAGGGCUCUAGUUCAUGGCUUGGGCAGUGGGGACCACCUCCGGAGUUGAACCAAGUAGUAGUUGAUCCGCCUCCUGGUCUAUUCACUUUGGAGCAGAUUGCUUGGAUGGAUGAGCAGCUUUCAAGACUUGCGCGUGGCCCUCAGGAAGAAGAUGUAGUACAGCUGUGGAUUACUGCCCUUGCAAUUGCAAGAUCCAUGACUGGUAAUAAUUCAACCUACUUUUAA